AUGUCUGUGGUUCUCACUGAAGCCUGGAGCCUUUGUCAUUACGCAGGGGAAGCAGCCUACAUUACAGGGAUAGCAUUAUGUGGAGUUUCUUUGCUGACGAUGACGGCAAUAAGCGUGGACAGACUUCUCGCCCUGUUGUUGGGUCUGAGAUACAAAGACAUUGUAACUUUGAAACGCAUCUAUAUCAUCGUGGCUACCGUUUGGGUUUUAUGUUCUGUCGGCUCUUUAAGCACCAUUCUUGAUCAGCGUAUAACCUCUUUUUAUGGCGCGGGCUGGACACUGAUACCACUUUCACUGCUUAUUUCACUCGCCUCGUACACAAAGAUUUUUCGCACUCUCAGACAUCUUCAGGCACAAGUACAAGAUCAUAUUCAACAAAAGCCGAGCCAACCAAAUGCACAGAACAUGGCGCGAUACAGAGAGGCAGUGCACAGUGCACUGUAAGUACAGUUAGCGUUAGUUGUUUGCUAUGAUCAUCCUAUAUGGUGGGAAUUGUAGUCUCUUAUAGUACAACAUAUUCAUCACACUUAGUCAUUACAAGGGGAAUGGCAACUAUCCUUGUUUACUUUAACUUGAAAUUAAACCCGUUUCUUUACUGCUGGAAAAUUAGUGAGGUGAGACAAGGAAUGAAGCUGACAAUCAGACAAGCACUUUGCUGUCCAUGGAGUUAGACCAUCCUCGAGUUAAACUGGAUCGUAUAAGUACUUUCAGUGCAAAGAUGACCGAUAGAGAACGCUUGUCACGCUUUUUUUUUUUUUGUCAUCAGAAAAAUAUCCAUAAUGUCUAUGAAUGUUUGAAAAUGUAAUUGAUAAUGAUAUAAUAAAACAAACAUUGUGUAAGUGGGUGUAUAGAUUUAAAUAAACACUUUCCUUUUCCUGAUGAAUUCUUUUCAAAACCUCUAAUUUUCCGAGAUUAAACGUAAGACACCAUCUUCUCCGCCCAUCUAAAGAUAAAUUUCUACCAGAGAAGACGAAGUUUAAUAUAAUUGCGAAAUACUAAUGGUAUCAAAGAUGUCUGUCUGUACGUUUGACUCUUAAAGCUCAUUUGUACUAUUUUGGUCACUUUUCCUUAUGAACUUCCAUAGGGAGCUAAUCAAGUGUCCACAUCAUCUGAGUGAAAUUAGGACUUCAAUCAUUAUCAGCCUCGACAAACUGAAAUUACGAAGAUCAAGCUGGCAACUUUGAAUGAUCGAAGAAAAAAUUGGAUUCGUGCCAUCUCCUUAUGCAUCAACUAUCAAAAUGUAAAUUAAUUCAAAUGUUAAAAAGAAGCUUAAAUCUGAGGGAUUGUUUAUCACAUUUUGAUUUUAAAAAAUGAUAUUGCAGAUAUCUCUAUUUUUACUUUUAUUGCUAUUUUAUCCGUGAGCCACCCACAGGUUCCAACGGUCGAUCAGCUAGAAAGGGAUAGUUUUCGCCUUGCGAAAAAAAUGAUGUCACAGAUGUCUCUCUAUUUGCUUCUUACUGCUAUUUCAUAGAAGAGGCUCGUCACAGGUUCCAGAAAAAAGAAAUCAAAUCCUAGGCACAACAGACAAUUUGCUUACGCACUUUGAAUGAGCAAACGCUGAUGAGGAAGUCUUUAUGUGUUUAUUGAAGGAAAUUUCGGUCAUCGUCGCACGGUGUAUGUUGUUUAGACGAAACAUUUCUCGUUGCCAGUUGCCUCAGUACAAGGAAAAGGAAACGAAUACAGAAAAAUGUCGACAACAAAGUUCACUAGCGGGGGAACGCAGAGCAAAACAUUUGAAGAACUGCUAUGAACCCCAUCUUUUGCUGGUGGAUUACAUCAACGAUUUACUUUUUUCUCAGCAGUGUACAUUCUCUUCUCCAUUACAGCAUUCCUUACAAAUUCUCUCAUCCUUGUUGCCCUUCACAAGGUAUCUUCCCUCCACCCGCCGUACAAACUCCAUUACCAUUCUCUGGCAACAACUGAGCUGUUGGUUGGUCUUGUUGCCCAGCCUCACUAUGCUGCCUAUUGGAUGUCCUCGGUUCAGGAACACUGAAGCCUUUGUCGUUACGCAUUUGACGCAGCCUACAUUACGGGCUCUGCAUUGUUUUUAGCGUCUUUGAUGACGAUGACGGCCAUAAGCGUGCACAGACUUCUCGCCAUGUUGUUGGGGCUGAGGUAUAAACAAAUUGUAACUUUGAAGCGCACAUAUAUCAUUGUAGCUACCAUCUGGGUUUUAUCUCUAGUCUCUUCUUGAUGCACUCCUCUUGAGCAUCGUAUAACUCUACCACUUUGCCUGGUUAUUUCACUCGCAUCAUAUACAAAGAUUUUUCGUACUCUCAGAUAUCAUCAGGCUCAGGCAGAAGAUCCUGUUCAACAACAGCCUAAAUGUACUGAACAUAGCUCAAUACAGAAAAGCAGUGUGUAAUGCACUGUGGGUGAAGUUAACAUUAGUUGUUUGUUUUGCACCAUUCUUUAUCGUGGUAACCGUGAUUGCACAUAGUAAAACACAUUCAUCGCACUUGGUCAUCCUAAGGGGAAUAACCGUUGUCUUGGUUUACUUUAACUCGACGUUAAACCCGUUUCUUUACUGCUGGAAGAUAAGUUAA